AUGGCGCUGGGCUUGGAGCAGGCGGAGGAGCAGCGGCUGUACCAGCAGACGCUGCUGCAGGACGGGCUCAAGGACAUGCUGGACCACGGCAAGUUCCUGGACUGCGUGGUGCGCGUGGGCGAGCGCGAGUUCCCGUGUCACCGCUUGGUGCUGGCCGCCUGCAGCCCCUACUUCCGGGCGCGCUUCCCGGCCGAGCCCGAGGGCGCCGGGGGGCUGCGCCUGGAGGAGGUGUCCCCGGACGUGGUGGCCCAGGUGCUGCACUACCUGUACACGUCGGAGAUCGCGCUGGACGAGGCGAGCGUGCAGGAUCUGUUCGCAGCGGCGCACCGCUUCCAGAUCCCCUCCAUCUUCACCAUCUGCGUGUCCUUCCUGCAGAAGCGCCUGUGCCUCGCCAACUGCCUGGCCGUCUUCCGCCUCGGCCUCCUGCUGGACUGCGCGCGCCUGGCCGUGGCCGCCCGCGACUUCAUCUGCGCGCGCUUCACGCUGGUGGCGCGCGACAACGACUUCCUGGGGCUUUCGGCCGACGAGCUCAUUGCCAUCAUCUCCAGCGACGGCCUCAACGUGGAGAAGGGUUGCGAGGGGGUGAUGAGGGGGGCGGCCAGCGGCGACGCCCAGGCGCAGGCGGAGCGCCAGCGCGCGCUGCCCACCGUCUUCGAGAGCGUUCGAUGCCGCCUGCUGCCGCGCUCCUUCCUGGAGAGCCGCGUGGAGCGCCACCCCCUGGUGCGCGCGCAGCCCGAGUUGCUGCGUAAGGUGCAGAUGGUGAAGGACGCGCACGAGGGCCGCAUCACCACCCUGCGCAAGAAGAAGAAGGACAAGGACAAGGAGGCCACCGAGGCCCGGGAGGCCGACAAGGACGCAGCAGGAGCUCCGGCAGAGGCAGACGAGGACGCCGAGCGUGUCCUCCCUGGGAUCCUGAACGACACCCUGCGCUUCGGCAUGUUCCUGCAGGACCUCAUCUUCAUGAUCAGCGAGGAAGGCGCCGUGGCCUACGACCCGGCAGCCAACGAGUGCUACUGCGCCUCCCUCUCCACGCAGAUCCCCAAGAACCACGUCAGCCUGGUGACCAAGGAGAACCAGGUCUUCGUGGCCGGCGGCCUCUUCUACAACGAGGACAACAAAGAGGACCCUAUGAGCGCCUACUUCCUGCAGUUCGACCAUCUGGACUCGGAGUGGCUGGGGAUGCCGCCCCUGCCCUCGCCUCGCUGCCUCUUCGGCCUGGGAGAGGCUCUCAACGCCAUCUACGUGGUCGGCGGCCGGCUGGGCGCCCGCCCUCCUCCACCCUCCCCUUCCCCUAUCUGCUUCUCCAGGUCGUUCAAAUGGGGGGAGUCGGACCCGCUGCCUUACGCCGUCUAUGGCCACUCUGUGCUCUCGCAUAUGGACCUUGUCUACGUCAUCGGUGGCAAAGGCAGUGACAAGAAGUGCCUGAGCAAGAUGUGCGUCUACGACCCCAAGAAGUUCGAGUGGAAGGAGCUGGCGCCCAUGCAGACCGCCCGCUCGCUCUUCGGGGCCACCAUCCACGAUGGCCGCAUUUUUGUGGCAGCUGGGGUCACCGACACCGGGCUGACCAGUUCCGCUGAGGUGUACAACAUCGCCGACAACAAGUGGGCACCCUUUGAGGCCUUCCCACAGGAGCGCAGCUCGCUCAGCCUGGUCAGCCUGGGGGGCACCCUCUACGCCAUCGGCGGCUUUGCCACACUUGAGACUGAGUCCGGAGAGCUGGUUCCCACGGAGCUCAAUGACAUCUGGAGGUAUAACGAGGAGGAGAAGAAGUGGGAGGGUGUCCUCCGAGAGAUCGCCUACGCCGCGGGCGCCACCUUCCUCCCCGUGCGGCUCAAUGUGCUGCGGCUGACCAAGAUGUGAGCAGCGGGGGGCGCGAACCGAGCACCGCUCUGGUGGCAGCCUCAGGCCUGGCCGCGACAGGGCUCCAGGGUGGAGAACGGGGAAGGCCUGAGCCCACCUGGACGCCGUGAUGGGACUGAAGGGCCGCGUCAGCCCAGGAGGGGAAUCGCUGCCCAGUCCUAGCAUUAGGGCAGGGAUGAGAAGCCCAAGGCCCUCCGGUGUCACCUUCCCCCAGGGCUUCCUGGCCUGUGAGCCAGAACCAUGAGAAGUGUCCUGGCCCUGCCCGGCCUGGCUGUGUGUGCGGGAGUCUUCCCCACGGGACUCAGUCUCCGUGCCACGCAAUGGGCGUGCGCCUGCCAAGCAGACACUGCAGCCUGGAGACGUCUCCUCCUUUAAGAAGAAUAAAAUG